AUGGCCACCUGCUGGCAGGGCCUGUGGGCCUAUCGCUUGUACCUGAUUGUAUUCUUCCUACCCAUUUUCCUGCUGCCUCUGCCCAUCCUCAUCCCGACUAAGGAAGCCUACUGUGCCUACACCAUCAUCCUCAUGGCGUUCCUCUGGUGCACCGAGGCUCUGCCCCUGGCUAUCACCGCCUUCCUCCCCACCGUCAUGUUCCCCAUGAUGGGCAUCAUGGGUGCCUCCGUGGUCAGCACUGAGUACCUUAAGGACAGCAACAUGCUAUUCAUCGGGGGGAUGCUAGUGGCCCUGGCCGUGGAACACUGGAAUCUGCACAAGCGCAUCGCCCUCCGCGUGCUUCUCACCAUCGGGGUGCGGCCCUCCCUGCUGAUCCUGGGUUUCAUGGUGGUCACGGCCUUCCUGUCCAUGUGGAUCAGCAACACAGCCACCACUGCCAUGAUGGUGCCCAUCGCCCGUGCCGUCCUGGAUCAGCUGCACGGGACGCCCACGGGCACGGACGCUGAGGAGGGCAGGAACAACCCCGCCUUUGAGCUCCAGGAACCGAGUCCCCAGAAGGAAGAGACCAAGCUUGAGGAGAAAGACAACAAGCAGGAUGGCCCUGCGCCCCCUGUUCCUUCGGAGUCCAGGGCACAGCGGAACGAGGAGCAGCUCCGCUUCACCCAGGGCAUGAGCCUGUGUGUGUGCUACUCGGCCAGCAUCGGGGGCAUCGCCACCCUGACUGGCACCACAACAAACCUGGUACUGCAAGGCCAGGUCAACUCGAUCUUUCCCCAAAAUGGCAACGUGGUGAACUUCGCCUCCUGGUUUUUCUUUGCCUUCCCCACCAUGGUCAUCUUGCUGCUGCUUUCCUGGGUGUGGCUGCAGUUCCUCUUCUUAGGCUUCAACUUCCGGAAGAACUGUGGCUUGGGGGACCAGAUGAGGAAACAAGAGCGAGCAGCCUUCGAAGUCAUCCGGAGAGAGCACAAGCGGCUGGGCCCCAUGACCUUUGCAGAAAAGGCUGUCACCAUCCUCUUUGUCUUAUUGGUGGUGCUCUGGUUCACUCGGGAGCCAGGCUUUUUCACCGGCUGGGGUAACCUGGCUUUUUCCGAUGAGAAUGGGAAUAGCAUGCCAUCCGAUGGGACAGUAGCCAUCUUAAUCGGUGUAAUUUUGUUCAUCGUGCCCUCCAAGAUCCCAGGGCUGACUCAGGAACCAGGAAAACCAGAGAAGCUGAAGGCCCCUCCUGCCCUCCUCAACUGGAAAAUAGUUGAAGAGAAGAUGCCUUGGAAUAUCGUGCUCCUUCUGGGCGGUGGCUUUGCCCUGGCCAAGGGCAGUGAGGAAUCGGGCCUGUCCAAGUGGCUGGGGGACAAGCUGACCCCGCUGGAGAGUGUGCCGCCUCCCGCCAUUGCCUUAAUCCUCUGCCUCCUGAUCGCCACCUUCACUGAGUGCACCAGCAACGUGGCCACCACCACAAUCUUCCUGCCCAUCUUGGCUUCCAUGUCUCAGGCCAUCUGCAUCCACCCUCUCUACGUCAUGCUCCCCUGCACGCUUUCCAGCUCCCUGGCCUUCAUGUUGCCUGUGGCCACCCCACCCAACGCCAUCGCCUUCUCAUUCGGGGGUCUCAAAGUGACAGACAUGGCCCGCGCAGGAUUCAUGCUCAACAUCAUCGGGGUCCUGGUCAUCACGCUGGCCAUCAACACCUGGAGCAUCCCCAUGUUCGACCUGCACAGAUUCCCCUCCUGGGCCCAGUCCAACACCACAGGCUUCUGUGGGGUCAGCCAGGCAAACGUCACAACACCCAGCCCCUAG